AUGGCGGACCUACUCGGUUCAAUUCUGAGCUCGAUGGAAAAACCUCCGACCAUCGGAGACCAGGAGAGCCGGCGGAAGGCUCGAGAACAGGCUGCAAGGCUGAAGAAGAUGCAGGAGGAGGAGAAGAAAAAGAAAGCAGAAUUCAGAAAGAAGAUGGAGAAGGAGGUGUCAGACUUUAUUCAGGACAGCACCCAGCAGAAGAAGAAAUAUGAACCUAUGGGGAAGAUUGAGAGAAGCAUCCUGCAUGAUGUGGUUGAAGUCGCUGGUCUGGCCUCCUUUUCGUUCGGUGAGGAUGAAGAAAGCAGAUACGUGAUGCUUUUUAAAAAGGAGUUUGCUCCAUCAGAUGAGGAGUUGGAGGCGUACCGGAGAGGAGAGGAGUGGGAUCACGCCAAAGCAGAGGAAAGACGCAAACUCAAGGAACAGGCAGCACUGGAGGAGGAAGCUGCCCGUCAAACUCAGAAGAGACCGACCUCGCCCAGCUCUAAUUACAGAGACAAAUACAGCCAUCUGAUUGGUACAUCUGCAGCUAAAGAUGCCGCCCACACGCUGGAGGCUAAUCAGGCUUAUGGAUGUGUACCUGUUGCCAAUAAGAGGGACACGCGAUCCAUUGAGGAGGCCAUGAACGACAUCAGAGCCAAAAAACGUCUGAAGAAGGGAGAUGAAGACACGGGGGCCGGCAGUUUGUGAGAUAAAUGUUUGUAGUUUUUGUCUGUGUGUGUGUGUGUGUGUGUGUGUGUGAGAGAGAUCAGAGACAGGGUGUGUAUUCAGAACUGUUAUGUAAAGUAAUACACUCUAUACUCUAUAGCAAUAUCUUUUUGAGGUCCUGUAGGACAUGUUCACCCCAACACUAGUGUGUGUGUGUGUAGAAGAACAUGUCACUCCGGUCUGACCGUGUUUGCUGCUUCUCUUCUCUCACAGUGUUUGUUUAAAGCCGUUACAGGAUGAAUUUUAUUAAUCUGUCUUCCUGGUGUUUUCACUGAAUUUAUUUUUAGUGAAUUAUUUCAGUCUCUGCUCAAGUGCAAAGAAAAACAUUAGGCUUUUAUCCAUUUUAUUAAGCAGUUUGUCCAUUUUUAUCCCACAGUGAGUUCCGUCUGAAGCAUGGUGGUGUAAAUUGUUCAUAUUUUUAAGGUUUCCUGCUGUAUGUUUGCGCAAAACAAUAAAGAUAUGUAGAUUUUAGUGAGCUGUUUUUAAACCUGAUAAAGUGAAACAGAGUUCUUGUUGUUGGAUCUGUGCAUUUUAAGUGCUUUAAAUAUAACACACUAUUAAUUAUUAAUGAUUCUGUAAUCAGCUCGUCCUCUUAAACGUCCUUACACGUCGUACACAGUUUAUCUGAUGUCCUCUAAACAUUGUUCUUAAAGCAUGUUGGUCUGGUUUGGUUUUGAAUAAAGAAAAUAAUGAUAAAUUGUA